GUGGGAUAUAACAACAACAACCGACUAAAACUCUAAAACCCAAAAAAGAACAGAAGAACACUCUCACGGUGACAAGAGUCGUGGAAAAGAUGAAGGAGCUACUGAGGUCGUUCACUAGGCUUGGAGGUGUUAGGGGUUAUAGCGCGGGGAGGAAGGACCUUCGGAUUAAGGGGGUUAAGCAUACCAUAGCCGUUGCUUCUGGUAAAGGGGGUGUGGGCAAGUCCACCACUGCAGUUAAUCUGGCUGUUGCACUUGCUAACAAGUGUCAAAUGAAGGUUGGCUUGCUUGAUGCUGAUGUAUAUGGACCAAAUGUUCCAAUCAUGAUGAAGCUCGACAAAAUGCCAGAAGUGAAUGAAGAUAAAAAAAUGGUUCCAAUUGAGAGCUAUGGAGUCAAGUGUAUGUCGAUGGGACUUCUUGUGGCCAAGGAUGCCUCACUUGUUUGGAGAGGUCCUAUGGUAUCAAGUGCUCUUGAACAAAUGACAAGGGGGGUUGACUGGGGAAAUCUUGAUGUUCUUGUGGUAGAUAUGCCCCCUGGGACUGGUGAUGCUCAUAUUACUGUAUCCCAAAGGCUGCAGUUGUCAGGUGCAUUAAUUGUUUCAACACCUCAAGAUGUUGCAUUAAUGGAUGCUCGGAGAGGAAUUAACAUGUUCUCUAAAGUCGAAGUUCCUAUUUUGGGAAUUGUAGAGAACAUGAGCUGUUUUAAGUGUCCAAACUGUGCUGAACGCUGGUUCAUUUUUGGGGAAGGAGGGUCUCGUAAGAUGGCAGCUGAGAUGGGUGUGAAUUUUGCUGGCGAGAUACCAUUAGAAGUGGGGAUAAGACAAGGCUCUGACGACGGUGUCCCAAUAGUAAUAUCGGCACCUGAUUCUGAUGUCUCCAAAGCAUAUGUUGAUAUGGCUCAGAAAGUUGUUGACAGACUUGAGGAAUUGUCAAAGGAAGAACAAUCUCGUCCACAGUUUAACCUUUGAUUUUGUGCUGUCCACUUUAGCAGCUGAAUGAAACCUUUUGCUACACAUUCAGCAGAGCAGAAGUGGCAGAUUCACUUGUGCAUGCGUGCUUUUUGUAAUUUUUCCUUAACAUUAUUAGAGCUGUCUUGACCUGCGAGUUAAGUAGGGAAAAUGCCAAGUCCUUGGGGGUUUAGCCCUAGCGGUGAAGGGAGGGUGGACUUGGUUAAGGAAAUUUGUCUCGUGCUGCAAGUGACUUGUAGCUCAAUUGAUUUAAAGUAGUAACUCUCCUACUCGA